AUGCCUAUUAAAAGGAAAGUCCUUCGCUACUCUCAAAAGGAAAGCCCAAAUUUUGCUCUCGGAAAGUCCAAUGGUUCUUCUUCCUCCCUCUUUCUCUGUUCCUGCAAGAACUUCGUCACCAACAACACCACCAACACCACGUCGCCAAACGUCGGCUGCUGCAACUCGCUGAGGUUGCUCGCGGGCAACGGCACCGAUUGUCUCUGCCUCAUUGUCAUAGGGAGCGUCCCCUUCCAGCUGCCCAUCAAUCGAACUCUCGCCAUCUCCCUCCCGUGCGUCUACAACAUGCCUCGUGUCCCCCCCCAGUGCAAUGGACUUGGGCCAUUGCAACACCAUGACAUGGAAAUCGAUAGCCUUACCAUUUCCCUCUAUUCGUCGUCGAACCCAGAUCAUCGGCGGCCUGUCUGGCCGCCAAUUCCGACCCCCCACAUCGUCGCAUCUACUUCACCGGUUGUCAGUGCAAGCAAGGACCACGUCAUCGCAUCUACUUCUCCAAUUUUCUGGAUCUCAGACAAAGAGAAAGAGAGAGGAAGAAGAACCAUUGGGCUUUCCAAGAGCAGGAUCUAG